CCGGUUGGAGCAAGUAGGAGAAUGGGGGUGUGUACUGGAUACUGUAAUCUGAUUGGUUAUUUUUAGGUCAUUGCGUAAACAAUGGCUUUGCCUUCGAAAACACCAAAACAAAUGAAUCACAAGUGAAAACUAAGAAGAGAGAAAAAGACGUAUCUAUAGACUGAGGGAAAGUGAAGAGCACAGGCACCUACGUCCUGCUUGGGUCGUGGAACAUAAAUAAGCAAAAAUGAAACAAGUGGCACAAAUGUUAAUGGGGGUUGUACAGAGUGUGGCAUGGACACGAGCGCCGUCUAGCGUUAUGUCAGCACGUCAGGGCGACUUCAAAAGACUGCUGCAUUCUGCCAGUCAACUGCUGCCUGAUGGGGACAUUGAGAGACCCAGAGUAGUCGAUAUGAGGAAUGGGAAAAAGGUUAAACGAGUUUUCUCAGAUGAUGAGAUGUCACGACGCCUUCACAAUCUACGGAAGUACAUGGCAACCCACGCGAUUGGCGGCGUCUUACUAACCUCUUACCACAACGUGAAUUACUUCAGCGGGUUUCUGUACACCGCCUUUGGCCGUCCGUACGGUCUAAUUGUCACUCCCGACAAGUGCCUCACCCUCGCUGCUGGCGUGGAUGGCGGGCAGCCAUGGCGUCAGUCCUACGGCGAUUGUAUUACCUACACUGACUGGCAACGCGAUAAUUUCUUCACCGUCGUGAGAGAAGAACUUGGCGACAUUACUGGAUAUCUAGGGAUUGAAUUUGAUCACGUGAACAUUGAAAACUACCGGAAGUUAGACCACGUUGUCCCGCACAUAUCAAAAGUUGACGUGGGAAAAGCGACCAUGAAAUUGCGCAUGGACAAGUCGGACGAAGAGAUAGCACUGAUCAGAGAGGGCGCACGUAUAGCGAAUAUUGGUGGUUAUGCAGCCAUAGAGGUCCUUGAAGAAGGGAUUCCAGAGUACGAAGUUGCCAUGGCAGCUAACAGAGCUAUGGUUCGCGAGAUUGCUAAAACUUUUCCAGAGUCGGAAUUGAUGGACACUUGGACCUGGCUCCAGUCAGGCAUCAACANGAUAUUAUGGAAAGGGGCAUACAUUCAAGAAAUUUGUAAUGAAUCGUUUUCCCCUCUUGCUAGGUACUACACGGCGUUGGAAAGAACGCUCUUCCUGAACACAGUGCAGUCACAUCGCCACCUACAGUUGUGGGAGAUCAACUGUGAGGUCCACCGCCGUGGUCUGUCACUUAUCAAACCGGGCGUCCGCUGCAGCGACAUAGCCAACGAGUUAAACGAGAUCUACCAGAGCCACGACCUGCUCGAAUACCGCAGUUUUGGGUAUGGGCACUCCUUUGGCACGCUGUGUCAUUAUUACGGACGAGAAGCAGAUCUUGAACUCCGAGAGGAUAUUGACACGGUACUGAAGCCAGGUAACGUAAUUUCCAUGGAGCCAAUGAUUGUGAUCCCCGAGGGUCUGCCAGGAGCAGGAGGCUACAGAGAACACGAUAUCCUCAUAGUUACAGAGAACGGGGCGGAGAAUAUCACCAAGUUCCCCUUCGGUCCUGAGCAUAAUAUAGUGAACAAGUGAAAUAAGCAACAGCAAAAGGCUGAAAGAGGACAGAAACUGCCAUCUAUUGGCCCUGAAUAUAAACUUUAGCACCCUCAGUUGGGAUUCUGAUGUAUUUCAUAUUAGUCACAUUAUGAGGAAGUGUUAGAGAUUUAGAAAACACCAGUUCAGUCCCGGGAGUAAAUUGUGCGAACUUUAUGGAAUGCGCAUUCGCACACAAGCAUUUAUCAAUGUUCCAACAUACUCUAAAGAUUUUUGGAAAAGCGAUUGAAGCUGGUCAAAUACUCAUUUUACUAUGUUCAAAGCUUUUAUUUGCCAGUCUUUUAAAACGUUAUGUAUGUACGUUAUAUGUGCUGUUAUAUGACUUCAAUAAGGUACACCUUUGAAAAAAGCAACAGUGCUCUAUCGUAAAGAAAUAACUGCCACAAGGCCACCCACUUGCACCUUCUGACAAUGUAUUAUUGCUGUUGUUAGUUCUAUACAAAUACCAUGUAGCUUGUGUUUCACACAUACAAGUGCACUAUACUUGAUACCUAUAUUUGACAGAUAAGCUCAUAAAUACAGGAAUCGCUAUAUACAUGAAUAAAAAUUAAAAAUUUUAA